AUGCAGCUGCUCGCCCUGGACCUGCGGAUGCUGUCCCGGGAGCUCUCCCUCUACCUGGACCACCAAGUCCGGGUGGGCUCCUUGGGGGCCGCCCUGGGCUUGGCCCUGGUGCUGGGCUUCAGCGGCGCCUACGCCUGCUACUACCUGAGCAGCGUCGCCAAGAAGCCGCAGCUGGUGACGGGGGGCGAGAGCUUCGGCCGCUUCCUUCAGGACCACUGCCCCGUGGUGAGCGAGACCUAUUACCCCACGGUGUGGUGCUGGGAGAGCCGGGGGCAAACCUUAUUAAGACCCUUCAUCACCGCCAAGCCUCAGGUCCUGUACAGGAAUGAGCUUAUUAAAACCAGCGACGGAGGACAGAUUUCUCUGGACUGGUUUGAUAACGAGAGCAGCGCGAGUUUUUCGGAUGCCAGCACCAGACCCACCGUCCUGUUGCUGCCUGGCCUCACCGGAACGAGCAAAGAAUCCUACAUCCUUCAUAUGAUCCAACUCAGUGAGGAACUGGGAUACAGGUGUGUGGUUUUUAACAACAGAGGCGUGGCGGGAGAGAGUCUUCUGACCCCAAGGACUUACUGUUGUGCUAAUACCGAAGAUUUGGAAACGGUUAUUCAUCAUGUUCACAGCCUCCAUCCUUCAGCUCCAUUCCUGGCAGCCGGAGUUUCGAUGGGAGGAAUGCUGCUCUUAAACUACCUCGGGAAAUCGGGCUCCAAAACUCCCCUGAUGGCCGCCGCCACGUUCUCGGUGGGUUGGAACACUUUCGCCUGUGCUGAAUCGCUGGAGAAGCCGCUGAACUGGCUGCUCUUUAACUAUUACUUGACCACCUGCCUUCAGUCUUCCGUCAACAAGCAUCGACACAUGUUUGUGAAACAAAUUGACAUGGAUCACGUCAUGAAGGCUAAAUCGAUUCGACAGUUUGAUGAGCGGUUCACUUCAGUCAUGUUUGGAUACCGAACCAUCGACGACUAUUACGCUGAUGCCAGUCCAAAUCACAGAUUGAAGUCGGUGGGAAUUCCCGUGUUGUGCCUCAACUCCGUGGAUGACGUUUUCUCCCCACGUCACGCUAUCCCGAUCGAAACAGCGAAGCAAAAUCCAAACGUCGCUCUGGUCCUUACUUCCUACGGGGGCCACAUUGGCUUUCUGGAGGGGAUCUGGCCCAGGCAGUCCACCUACAUGGACCGAGUGUUCAAGCAGUUUACGCAGGCCGUAGUGGAGCACGGCCACGAGCUCUCAUCCAUGUAGCUCUCCGGAGUCGCGUCCGGACCGCCGCAGCAGCCCGGGAUCGAAUCCCAAGUAGGACCACUUACCC